AGUGGCCAUACCUGGCUAGGCGCGUUUUUGAACUCAAGCGCAAAAAGAAAGCCGCACUAAUCUCAGGUGGCCUAAAGUACUCCAUUCCAGUAGAUGGCAGUAUCGCCCUUUAGGGCGUUUCUGAACUCUGACUGACUGCACCACCAAAAUUAGUUAUUAGGAAGCAGAAAUCUCCACAACGAAAUUUGACUUAUUUAUGGCACUGUCAGAGUACACAAAAGCCACUCAGCAUGGAAUGACAGCAGGUAAAACGUACUCCACCACAACCAGUCUCACCGCAAGAAACUCAACCGCCGGUUGUUUGAACAGGGUGCUCUGCAGUCGCUGACCGUUUUGGCAUUCGUACUAGAUCGACGCUCUGCGGCCCUAAAGAAUCGGAGAUGUCCGACAAUGGUGCCUCAGCGAUCAACCUUCUGUCUUAUGAGACACUGGUACACGCCGUGGCAGGUGCAGUGGGUAGCAUGACGGCGAUGUCCGUCUUCUUUCCUUUGGAUACAGCGAGGAUCAGACUUCAGGUGGAUGAGAAUCGGAAUUCCAAAUCGACUGCCAUUCUCCUGGCUGAAAUAGCAAAGGAGGAAGGCUUGUUGUCUCUGUACAGAGGCUGGUUCCCAGUCAUCUCCAGUCUGUGCUGCUCCAACUUUGUCUACUUCUACACCUUCAACACGCUGAAGAAAGUCAUGGUGGGUAAUCAGGGCCGGUCCAGACCGGGAAAAGACCUUCUCAUGGGCUUCAUCUCAGGGUCAGUGAACGUGCUCCUGACCACGCCCAUGUGGGUGGUCAACACCCGGCUCAAGCUGCAGGGGGCAAAGUUCAGGAACGAAGACCUCCAGCAGACCCACUACAGAGGCAUCUUUGAUGCUUUCUCACAGAUCAUAGCCAGGGAGGGAGUGGGGACUCUUUGGAACGGUACACUGCCUUCUCUGGUGCUGGUCUUCAACCCUGCAGUCGUGUUCAUGUUCUAUGAAGCCAUGAAGAGGAGAGCAGGCAGAGGAGGGAGGAAGAUUACAUCAGCAGAGAUCUUUCUCAUUGGCGCUGUGGCCAAGGCCAUCGCUACCACGGCGACGUAUCCCCUGCAGACCGUCCAGGCCAUUCUAAGGUUUGGGCAGCACAAAGCUGAGGGCAAGGGAGGUCUACUGGGCAGUCUCCGAAACAUAGUCUACCUACUUAUGGACAGAAUCAAGAGGCAUGGUGUGCUGGGCUUAUACAAAGGCCUGGAGGCCAAACUGCUCCAGACGGUACUAACGGCAGCCCUCAUGUUUGUGGUGUAUGAGAAGAUCACAGCAGCAACCUUCAAGGUCAUGGGCAUCAACAAGAAACUGAAGCACUGAGGUGUGAGCUGGCCCUUAGACCUCAACCUGCACUGGCUAUACAACAGUGGUCACCACCCACCCUGGUCCCGGAGAGGAACUCACAGGGUGUGCUGGGUUUUGUUCCUGCCCAGCAAUGAAACCCCUGGUUCAACGUUCAGAUUGACCUAUAGAUAUUACCACGUAUCUGGAACUUGAUUCAGGUGUGUUUAGUACUGGGUUAUGACAAAGCCUACACACCUGUCUCCAAGAUCAGGGUUGGUGACCACUGGGCUACUGACUCCCCAUCCCAACUUCCCUUUCCUCAGUCCCAACAUACACCUCAACCAGAGAUGGUGUGUCUCCUCCUCUCUUUUCCCCUUACACUCAGGUUUAUUCCACAUACAGUAUUCAUAUCUGUCUUCCCUACGCUGCCAAUAUGGCUGAAUCUCUCUGGAAAUGGUUGUACAUGGUCUUAUAGGAGGUGCCAUAACUGUCUAGAAUAUACAUUCUGUGGCAAUUGUAUUAUACCUGAAUGAAUGGCAUUACAGUUUAAGCUUGUUAUGCUUUCUCCACCACUAUUACCCUUGAGUGCUGAUAACAAUUAGCAGUUUUACUAGCCAACUCUUUUUUUGGUUUAGAUGUUGUCUUGCCAAAUAGUUGUUUAGAAAGACGAUGCCAAACAACUAUUUGCUUAACAAGCUUGGACAAUGCCCAAGCGAGUGAAGAGCAAUAUUCUCAAUAACUUUGAGGGCUUGAGUGAAGCAUCAAGGUAUGUGCAGACAUGGCUAUAUUCUAUUUAAAUCUCUGUACAUGUCACGGUGCUCCUUCAGCCCUGCGUUAAGACCACUGCAAACCCUUUCCGGAGAGAUGUUACUGUUCUUGAAAAGUAGGUGUUGAUUUCUCAGCUGGCUGUGACAGUUUGGUGGCUACAGUUGAAGUUGGUAGUUUACAUACACCUUAGCCAAAUACAUUUAAACUCACAAUUCCUGACAUUUAAUCCUAGUAAAAAUUCCCUGUAUUAGGUCAGUUGGAAUCACCACUUUAUUUUAAGAAUGUGAAAUGUCAGAAUAGUGAUUUAUUUCAGCUUUUAUUUCUUUCUUCACAUUCCCAGUGGGUCAGAAGUUUACAUACACUCAAUUAGUAUUUGGUAGCAUUGCCUUUGUUUAACUUGGGUCAAAUGUUUCGGGUAGCCUUCGACAAGCUUCCUACAAUAAGUUGGGUGAAUUUUGGCCCAUUCCUCCUUACAGAGCUGUUGUAACUGAGUCAGGUUUGUAGGCCUCCUUGCUGGCCAAUGCUUUUUCAGUUCUGCCCACAAAUUUUCUACAGGAUUGAGGUCAGGGCUUUUAUGGCCACUCCAAUACCUUAACUUUGUUGCCCUUAAGCCAUUUUGCCACAACUUUGGAAGUAUGCUUGGGGUCAUUGUCCAUUUGGAAAACCCAUUUGCGACCAAGCUUUAACUUCCUGACUGAUGUCUUGAGCUGUUGCUUCAAUAUAUCCACAUAAUUAUCCAUCCUCAUGAUGCCAUCUACUUUGUGAAGUGCACCAGUCCCUCCUGCCACAAAGCACCCCCACAACAUGAUGCUGCCACCCCCGUGCUUCAUGGUUGGGAUGGUGUUCUUUGGCUUGCAAGCAUCCCCUUUCUCCUCCAAACAUAACAAUGGUCAUUAUGGCCAAACAGUUCUAUUUUCGUUUCGUCAGACCAGAGAACAAUUCUCCACAAAGUACGAUCUUUGUCCCUAUGUGCAGUUGCAAACCGUAGUCUGGCUUUUUUAUGUCGGUUUUGGAGCAGUGGCCUUGCAAGUGGCCUUGCGGAGCGGACUUUCAGGUUAUGUCGAUAUAGGACUAGUUUUACUGUGGAUAUAAAUACUUUUGUAUCGGUUUCCUCCAGCAUCUUCACAAGGUCCUUUGCUGCUGUUCUGGGAUUGAUUUUCACUUUUCGAUUUGCACCAAAAUACGUUCAUCUCUAUGAGACAGAACGUGUCCCCUUCCUGGGCGGUAUGACAGUUGCGUGGUCCCGUGGUGUUUAUAAUUGUGUACUAUUGUUUGUAUAGAUGAAUCUGGUACCUUCAGGCGUUUGGAAAUUGCAAGGAUGAACCAGACUUGUGGAGGUCUACAAUUUCUUUCUGAGGUCUUGGCUGAUUUCUUUUGAUUUUCCCAUGAUGUCAAGCAAAGAGGCACUGAGUUUGAAGGUAGGCCUUGAAAUACAUCCACAGGUACACCUCCAAUUGACUCAAAUUAUGUCAAUUAGCCUAUGAGAAGCUUCUAAAGCCAUGACAUUUUCUGGUAUUUUCCAAGCUGUUUAAAUGCACAGUCAACUUCGUGUAUGUAAACUUCUGACCCACUGGAAUUGUGAUACAAUCUGUCUGCAAACAAUUGUUGGAAAAAUGACUUGUGUCAUGCGCAAAGUAGAUGUCCUAACCGACUUGCCAGAAAAUUGUGGAGUGCGUGAAACGAGUUUUAAUGACUCCAACCUAAGUGUAUGUAAAAUUCCGACUUCAACUGUAUGUGCUGAAUAACCUAUGUUUGAUCUGCUUGGCCAUCUGCGGUACGCACUAUUGGCACAGGACAGAAAAAACUUUGCUUCAAUUACAUACUAGAAGGGGAUCCCAUUUUUUACUCCUGAAAUAUUUACCUUUUAUUGCCUUUUAAUGAAGCCAGUCAACCAUUUCUCAGUCUUAUGAUUUCAUUCAGAAUACAAUAAUGAUUCUUCUAAAUGCUUCUCUUAUUUAAAACAAUUUUCCCCCAACCACCUAACAAGGAACAACUCUGGACCCUAGUUAAUAUUAAAAUACUGGUUUACCAUAAGAGUUUAACCUAGAAGAAUGUCUGCAAGACAAAAGGCUACUUGUAUUUAUUUAGGGUGUCAUUAUAAGAUGAGUGUUAUGUCGUGUUUCACACAACUGUAGCCAGGAAUGUCUGUCUAUAGAGAAAUCGGAUAAAUACUUUUAAAUAUGUUUUACAUUUAGAUAAAUAAUCUUAAUCUCUAGAUUGGAUGAACAUUUUUCCAAGUUGAAAAGCAUAGUAUACAUUUUCUAUGCUAUCUUGGAAUAUAUCUUGUCUACUUAACUUGCACAGAACAUGAAGGGGUUUAUAUUCAAAUCUAAACUAGUUAAAUGAAAAUGGGCCAACUAGAAGAGUCAAUACAUUUACAUUUGGCAGUGAUAAUUAUAAUUUCACUGCAGCAUUUUGAAAUCUAUGUAAUGUUGUCAUGCAUUGUUGUCAUUGUUCACUGGAAUUCUUGAGCCUGUACUUUUUUUAUGCUAAGUGCCUCCAAACCUAGGAACUAGCGAUGGUGGUGGACCAGAUCUGUUGAUAGCACUGUAAAGACGGAUGACACACAUCACAUACUGACCGUGCUGAUCAGUAGUCAAAUCUAUUAUGUCUUAAAAUCAGUAGUUCAUUUACAACCCAUAAUCUGCUGCCUUGCUUAGCCUAGACAGUAGGCUGUGUAUGUAGAUUGGAUGUUCAGAAUGAUAUGACCAGUAUGUGACCUGCUUAGCCUAGACUGUAGGCUGUGUAUGUAGAUUGGAUGUUCAGAAUGAUAUGACCAGUAUGUGACCUGCUUAGCCUAGACAGUAGGCUAUGUAUGUAGAUUGGAUGUUCAGAAUGAUAUGAACAGUAUGUGACCUGCUUAGCCUAGACAGUAGGCUAUGUAUGUAGAUUGGAUGUUCAGAAUGAUAUGACCAGUAUGUGACCUGCGUUAAGAAAGCGGACUGUCUUCCACAGCAAUACAUUAUACAAGUUAUAAUAACUCUAUUUUACAUCUUUAUUGCCCCCGAAAUUCUGACUUACAGUGCAUUCGGAAAGAAUUCAGACCCCUGACGCUUUACACAUUUUGUUACCUUAUUUUCAAAAAUCUAUUUAACUUGGCAAGUCAGUUAAGAACAAAUUAUUAUUUACCAUGACGGCCUACCUCGGCCAAAACCGGAAGACGCUGGGCCAAUUGUGCGCCACCCUAUGGGACUCACAAUCACGACCGAAUGUGAUGCAGCCUGGAUAUGAACCAGGGACUGCAGUGACGCCUCUUGCACUGAACCAGGGUCAGACCGCUGAACCAGGGUCAGUAGUGACACCUCUAGCACUGAGAUGCAGUGCCUCAGACCGCUGCGCCAAUCAGGAGCCUUAUUCUAAAAUGUAUGAAUUUUGUCCCCCUCAACCUACACACAAUACCCCAUAAUGACAAAGCGAAAACAGGUUUUUAAAAGUUUCUGCAAAUGUAUUAAAUUAAAACAUACCUUAUUUACAUAAGUAUUCAGACCCUUUGCUAUGAGACUCGGAAUUGAGCUCAGGUGCAUCCUGUUUCCAUUGAUCAUCCUUGAUGUUUCUACAACUUGAUUGGAGUCCACCUGUGGUAAAUUCAAUUGAUUGGACAUGAUUUGGAAAGGCACACAUCUGAUUUGGAAAGGCACACAUCUGAUUUGGAAAGGCACACAUCUGUUUAAGGUCCCACAGUUGACAUUGCAUGUCAGCAAAGACCAAGCCAUCAGGUCAAAGGAAUUGUCCAUAGAGCAUGGAGACAGGAUUGUGUUGAGGCACAGAUCUGGUGAUGGGUACUAAAAAAUGUCUGCAGCAUUGAAGGUCCCCAAAAACACAGUGGCCUCCAACAUUAUUAAAUGGAAAAAGUUUGGAACCACCAAGACUCUUCCUAGAGCUGGCUUUCUGGCCAAACUGAGCAAUCGGGGGAGAAGGGCCUUGGUCAGGGAGGUGACCAAGAAUCCGAUGUUCACUCUGACAGAUCUUCAGACUUCCUCUGUGGAGAUGGUUGUCCUUCUGGAAGGUUCUCCCAUCUCUGCAGCACUCCACCAGUCAGGCCUUUAUGGUAGAGUGGCCAGAUGGUAGCCACUCCUCAGUAAAAGGCACAGCCUGCUUGGAGUUUGCCAAAAGGCACCUAAAGGAUUCUCAGACCAUGAGAAACAAGAUUCUCUGGUCAGAUGAAACCAAGAUGUGACACUUCGCAUUCAGGCCAAAGAGUUCAGUCUGGAGGAAACCUGGCAUCCCUACGGUGAAGCAUGGUGGUGGCAGCAUCACGCUGUGGGGAUGUUUUUCAGUGGCAGGGACUGGGAGACUAGUCAGGAUCAAAGGAAAGAUGAACGGAGCAAAGUACAGAGAGAUAUUUUAUGAAAACCUGCUCAGGACCUCAGACUGGGGAGAAGGUUUACAUUCCAACAGGACAAUGACUAUAAGCACACAGCCAAGACAAUGCAGGAGUGGCUUCGAGUGGCCCAGCCAGAGCCCGCAUGAAGAUCUCUGGAGAGACCUGAAAAUAGCUGUGCAGCAACCCUCCCCAUCCAACCUGACCGAGCUUGAGAGGAUCUGCAGAGAAGAAUGGGAGAAACUCCCCAAAUACAGGUGUGCCAAGCUUGUAGCAUCAUACCCAAGAAGACUUGAGGCUGUAAUCGCUGCCAAAGGCGCUUCAACAAUGUACUGAGUAAAGGGUCUGAAUACUUAUGUAAAUGUUUUUUAUUUUUAUUAGUUAUACAUUUGCAAACAUUUCUAAACCUGUUUUUGCUUUGUCAUUGUGGGGUUUUGUGUGUAGCUUGAGGGGGGUGGGGAUUGAAUCAAUUUUAGAAUAAGGCUGUAACGUAACAAACUGGAAAAAUUCAAGGGGUCUGAGUCAUUUCAGAAUGCACUGUAUGUGGUUAUAACAGUCUAUUUCCACUUCUGACUUGAGGAAUGAUUAAGGACGUACAGUAGGACAUGACAAGAUGUGCCUUGGAAUUCAUGGAGAACUCUGGGACUAGUAUGCAUCCUGCAGAUUUUAAAUUAAUAAUAAUUCUGUAAAUUGCAUUGAAAUAAAUGAAAGCUAUGACAGAUUAACAUCUUUACAGAGCAAAUAGUGUUUUUUUUUAGUUAAUUCCAUUCAGCACAACUGCAUUGUAGAAUCAGACUUUUAACUGGGAUGUUUUCUACCAUCUGCGACAUUGUCAAUGCGUCAUUCAAUGAAGGUGUAAUUUAUUAUAGGACAAAGGACAAUGGAUUCUGACACUGGACAGUUUCCAUGAACACUUUGGUUAAAACUGCUUAUGCAAUAUUGAUGUUCUUAAGUUGUGUUUUUUGUGGCAUAAUUUAAUUAAUGUACUUCAGAAAAGAACAUGAUAAGUGAUCGAUAUGCCCAUGGGGUUAAUAAUAAAAAAGGUUUGAUUGGGAAAUUAAA